GUCAAGACAGUGUGUUAUCGAUGCAGGAGAAUUGGACAUAACCAACACAACUGUCCGUUCGAGUUAAUUGCAACGGAUGACGGCUUCGGCCCGGAAAUCAUUGGUAACAAGACAGGGCCAAAAAUCAAUGAAUUUUCCUAUGCCUCGGUUCGGAAUGGUGGGCGUGGUAGGGGAUCCAAUGUCUGGAGACAUACUGGGCAAACUGUUCGGCGACAAGAGGGAGCGAGAUUGCUCCUGGAAGCCCCACCGCCACGUCAGUUUCAGGAACGAAACCGAGCGGACUUCCCUCCUUCGGCGGCAGGCAGAAACAAUUCGGGAGGAAGAAGAAGACGAGGCCAGGCCCAGCCGUCUGCUCCUAGUCCAAGAGUCCCUAGGGAUGGCUGUCUGGUUGGGCUCAAGAGGGCAGCCCAUGAUUCAAGUGCUGGGCCGAGUAGAAGGCCUUGUUUCAACAACCAAGAAAUUGCAAGGUCAGCUGACAAUGGGCCUCUAAAGGAGCCCAAUUCCGAAAAUUGCAAUGGGCAAGCAAUCAGUGAUCCAACUUUGGAAAACCCAAUCCCGUUGCAAGUGCAGGAGCCAACCCAUUCCUAUGGGCUAGGUAAUUUAUUUUGCGAUGAAAAUCCAGAAUUUUUAUUUGAAGAUUUGGAUGAAACUAACCCAUUUGGUUAUCAAGGAGAUAUGGGCCUUCUAAAUCUCGAGGCCCACUUACUACCUUCAGAAUCUGCAGUGUCAUGUUCUCCGAUCGGUCCGGUCGAAAAUGGGAAGUCAAAAGGCAAAGCCAUCCUGGUUGAAUCCUCGGGAUCUCCUAUUGUCUACACUCGAAGAAAUGUGGGAAUAUGUA